GCGGGACGGCCUCAAAACGAACAGAGCCAUCGAACGGUAAACGUCCACGCGCAGCGAAUUUUUCUCCCCCGCAAACCAAACCAAUAAAAGAGACGAACGAAAAUUAAAGGAAGACAAGAAAAGAAAAUCAAAACAAAUUGAGAGCAGCAAUAACAGUCAGGGAGUUUAUUUCUUUUUGUUUUGUGUUUCCAAAAGAGAGAAAUAGAGAGUGAUCGAGAUGGCGUUCAUGAUGCCCGUGAUGAAGAACAAUUACGAUAUUUACAAGGACACGCGUUCCCGCAAAACAUCGGAAUGUUCAAAUGCGAGUAGUAACGGUACAACGGCUUUGGCCACUGCUCUUGGAACGCCCGCUCUGGAAAAACAACAGCAGCAACAACAGCAAAGACGUCGCAAGGUGUCCGAAUGCAAAUCGGAAAGUUUCGCCACCUCCCCCUCCCACGGUCAACUGGGCGUGUCCUCCGCCCACCAUCGAAUGCAAAUGCAGCGAUGUCACAGUUCGCGCGCUUUUCCACGCAACGCCUCGCGCAGUUCGCACGGUUCGAUGCAACAAAUUGUGUCGCCCACGCGCAGUAGUCCGCCCAGUCGUUCCAAUACCGCUUCCGCACUGGAAAGGCAGGCGGCUGCCCAAGCAGCCGCUCUCAACCAGAAACAACAGCCGUCUGGAGCAGUGGAAUCUUCUUCCAAUGAUUAUACGAAAUUCCAUUUGCGUUUGGUGGACAAGCUGCGCAAAUCCUUUCGCAAGGAUAGCGGCAAACGGUCAUGAGAAUAUCACAACAACAGCAACAACAACCACUACGACAACAACAAUGCCAGCAGCAGCAGCGCGGCGCUCCUUUCAAUCAACAACAACAUAAGUGGAGGAAGCUGGGAAGCAAAAGAGGCAGAUGAUUCCAACGGAAGAUCACCUGGCCACGGCCAUGUCUUAGGGGAGAGCAGUGCAGCUAGCACUGUGUACGGAGGAGAAUGCAGAGCAGCUACACCCUGGAAGAAAGCAGCCGCCACUUCCUUCAACGAGAGCAGGACAGCUGGAGUCUUUGAAGAAAGCGGAGCAGCCAAAGAGCGAGAGAGAAGUGUGGUCAGUCGUUUGGGGCAACGCUUUCGGCGGUACUGUAAACUCCUGGCCACUUCCAACGGCAACGCAGCGGCAAAGGAUGUGGCAGAGACGUCGGCAGAGGUCAGCUCCCUAGAACAGUUAACCGGCAGCAGAGGCAGCACUCGCAGUCGGCGUCGGCGCAGCAGCAGCAUAGGAAGCGCCAGCAGCCGGCUAAAGAUGCGACUGCGACGCUGCACUUCGUCGCCAGGAUAAGAGGGAGAUGGCUAAUCGCAAACUGGGUCGAAGCGAGCGAGACACAGAGAGUGAGAGAGAGAGAGAGAGAGAGAGGAGACUGGAAGUGAGAAGAGACCGGGGCGUAGCCAAAGUGAGGUUACACAAAGGGGUCACUUAACCUAGUUAAGAUUUGCCCCCCAGGAAACAGCAAAGUAAGUUGGCGUACAGAGUUGUUGGUGCAUAUUUGUUUGAGCAUAAUAUACAUAACAUAUAAAUCAAAUUCGGUGUACAUAUGCAAACUAUUUAAAAAUAUAUAUAUACCCCUACAUAUAAAUACAAAUUUAAAGUCCCAAAUGUAUAAUUACAUUAAUUAUAUGUAUGUAUUUAUGUAUGCCAGGCUUCCAAAUAGAACAUAGAACCUAUCCCAAACCAAAA